GCGUCGAGUGUGCGUGCGUGCGUUGCGUGUUUGCGUGUGGUCACAGUUCCCGCCAUCAGCCGCUCUCCCUGACUCGGGGGAGUGAGCUGUUCCUCUUCUUCGUGUUUGGCGGUUCUUCCUUCUUAACCCCCUUCUCCUUCCCUUCCACGCGGACUCCGUGCUUCCAGCAGGCCUGUCGGAGCUCCAGACUCGCAGACACAGCUGAGUUGAUGGCUUCUGGAGAACUGGGAUAGCUGCAGAAUAUGAGUAGUUCCCCAAGAAGAUUGCAUUGCCUUUGGCACCAGCAUCAGAAUAAAGUUAUUUGAUGUACAGUAUAUAGAGGCCUCGAACUGCGGUCCCCAGGCUGUACCCUGCCUACAGAAUCUGUCAGGUGAAGGUAUAUUUUUGCUUUAAAAUUUGGCUAGAAGCAAUUUAUUUUUAAAGAAAAUAUGUCUCCUCUGAAGAUACAUGGUCCUAUCAGAAUUCGAAGUAUGCAGACUGGGAUUACAAAAUGGAAAGAAGGAUCCUUUGAAAUUGUGGAAAAAGAGAAUAAAGUUAGCCUAGUUGUUCACUACAAUACUGGAGGAAUUCCAAGGAUAUUUCAGCUAAGUCAUAACAUUAAAAACGUGGUACUUCGACCCAGUGGAGCAAAGCAAAGCCGUUUAAUGUUAACACUACAAGAUAACAGCUUCUUGUCUAUUGACAAAGUACCAAGUAAGGAUGCAGAGGAAAUGAGAUUGUUUCUAGAUGCAGUCCAUCAAAACAGACUUAAUGCAGCCAUGAAACCUCAGGGGUCUGGUAGUUUUGGAGCUAUUCUGGGAAGCAGGACCUCACAGAAGGAAACCAACAGGCAGCUUUCUUACUCAGACAAUCAGGCCUCUUCAAAAAGAGGAAAUUUGGAAACUAAAGAUGAUACUCCGUUUCGAAAAGUUCUUGGUAAUCCUGGUAGAGGAUCAAUUAAGACUGCAGCAGGAAGUGGAAUAACUGUCUCCCGGACGAUUCCCUCUUUGACAUCCACAUCAACACCUCUUAGAUCAGGGUUAUUAGAAAAUAGAACUGAAAAGAGGAAAAGAAUGCUAUCUGGCUCAGAGUUGAAUGAAGAUUACCCUAAGGAAAAUGAUUCAUCAUCGAAUAACAAGGCUAUGACAGAUCCCUCAAGAAAGUAUUUAACCAGCAGUCGAGAGAAGCAGCUGAGUUUGAAACAAACAGAAGAGAAUAGGACAUCAGGGCUCUUACCCUUGCAGUCAUCAUCCUUUUAUGGUAGCAGAUCUGGAUCCAAGGACUACUCUUCUGGCAGCACUAAUCUUGACAGGACUAAUGUUUCAAGCCAAACUCCCUCUGCCAAAAGAAGUUUGGGAUUUCUUCCUCAGCCAGCUCCUCUUUCUGUUAAAAAACUGAGGUGUAAUCAAGAUUAUACUGGCUGGAACAAACCAAGAGUACCCCUUUCCUCUCACCAACAGCAACUGCAGGGCUUCUCCAAUUUGGGAAAUACCUGCUAUAUGAAUGCUAUUUUACAAUCCCUGUUUUCACUCCAGUCGUUUGCAAAUGACUUGCUGAAGCAAGGUAUCCCGUGGAAGAAAAUUCCACACAAUGCACUUAUCAGACGCUUUGCACACUUGCUUGUUAAAAAAGAUACCUGUAAUUCAGAGACCAAAAAAGAUUUACUCAAGAAGGUUAAAAAUGCCAUUUCUGCUACAGCAGAGAGAUUUUCUGGUUAUAUGCAGAAUGAUGCUCAUGAAUUUCUAAGUCAGUGCUUAGACCAGCUGAAAGAAGAUAUGGAAAAAUUAAAUAAAACUUGGAAGAUUGAACCUGUUCCUGGAGAAGAAAAUUUACUAGAUAUUUCAGCCACUAGAGUAUACACUUGCCCUGUUAUCACUAAUAUGGAGUUUGAGGUUCAGCACUCCAUAAUCUGUAAAGCAUGUGGAGAGAUUAUUCCCAAAAGAGAACAGUUUAAUGACCUCUCUAUUGACCUUCCUCGAAGGAAAAAGCCACUCCCUCCACGGUCAAUUCAAGAUUCUCUUGAUCUUUUCUUUAGGACAGAAGAACUUGAGUAUUCCUGUGAGAAGUGUAAUGGGAAGUGUGCUCUUGUCAGGCACAAAUUUAACAGGUUGCCCAGAAUCCUCAUUCUUCAUUUGAAGAGAUACAGCUUCAAUAUCACUCUCUCACUUAACAACAAGAUUGGGCAGCAAGUUAUCAUUCCAAGAUACCUGACUCUGUCAUCACAUUGCACUGAAAAUACAAAACCACCUUUCCCCCUCGGUUGGAGUGCACAUACAGCAAUUUCUAGACCAUUGAAAGCCUCUCAAAUGGUGAAUUCCUGCAUCACCAGCCCUUCUACACCUUCAAAGUAUUUCCCCUUUAAAUCCAAGAGCUUAUUGGCUUUAUGCCUUGAUUCAGACAGUGAGGAUGAGCUAAAACGUUCUGUGGCCCUUAGCCAGAAAUUUUGUGAAAUGUCAGGCUCUGAACAGCAGCAGGAAGACCUGGAAAAGGAUUCAAAAUCUUGCAGAAUAGAGCCUGAUAAGUCUGAAUUGGAAAACUCAGGAUUUGAUGGAAUGAGCGAAGAAGAACUUCUAGCAGCUGUUUUAGAGAUAAGUAAGAGAGAAGCUUCACCGUCUCUGAGUCAUGUAGAUGAUGAUAAACCAACCAGCAGCCCAGAUACUGGAUUUGCAGAGGAUGAUAUUCAAGAAAUGCCUGAAAAUCCAGACCCUAUGGAAACUGAGAAACCCAAAACAAUCACAGAGCCAGAUCCAGCCAGUUUUACUGAGAUAACUAAAGACUGUGAUGAGAAUAAAGAAAACAAAACCCCAGAAGGAUCUCAAGGAGAGGUGGAUUGGCUUCAGCAGUAUGAUAUGGACCGUGAAAGGGAAGAGCAAGAGCUUCAGCAGGCCUUGGCGCAGAGCCUCCAGGAGCAAGAGGCUUGGGAACAGAAAGAAGAUGAUGACAUCAAAAGAGCUACAGAGUUAAGUCUUCAAGAGUUUAACAACUCCUUUCUGGAUUCAUUGGGUUCUGAUGAGGACUCUGGAAAUGAGGAUGUUUUAGAUAUGGAGUACACGGAAGCUGAGGCUGAAGAACUGAAGAGAAAUGCUGAGACAGGAAAUCUUCCUCAUUCCUAUCGGCUCAUCAGUGUUGUCAGUCACAUUGGGAGCACUUCUUCUUCAGGUCAUUACAUUAGUGAUGUGUAUGACAUUAAGAAGCAGGCAUGGUUUACUUAUAAUGACCUAGAGGUAUCUAAAAUCCAAGAGGCUUCCGUGCAGAGUGAUCGGGAUCGGAGUGGUUACAUCUUCUUUUAUAUGCACAAGGAGAUCUUUGAUGAGCUGCUGGAAACAGAAAAAAACUCUCAGGCACUUAGCAUGGAAGUGGGGAAGACCACUCGUCAGGCCUCAUGAGGAGCAAACGCCUGGGUUGGCAGUGUGCACUGCAUAUUCUCCCUUACUGCCACCCACCUCGCCUUUCCUCUGCCUGAGGAGAACUCAGAACUCUGCUUGAUGCGGGAGCAACAAACAGCUCAGGGCCAAACCAAAAGACAAAAAUUGCAAUUGUAUGGAAUGCUCCAUGCUAAUUGUUUUAUGGAAACUUUGGUGUCACCUCUAUGGCUGAUUAUCCCCUAUUUCUCCUACAAGAGUAGCACUUCCUUUUGUCUUAGAAAUAUAUGUUGUAAAUAUAUAUAUGUGUAUAUAUAUGUACAUACACACAUAUAUGAGGAAUGAAUGGAGCCUUAAAGAGUUACGAUGAGCCACCAGAGUAUGCCUGCUCAAAAUUAUUAGCACAGCAGUUUGGAAAAGAAAUGAAGUUGUCAAAGAGUCCAUUCACCUAAGAAAUGUGUGAAGAUAUACAUAUCAGUUAGCAUUUAGCUUUUAUGUUCCUUGAGUAGUUUCACUCAAGUCUGUAAUCUUUCAUGUGUGUUUCUUAUUAGUAAAGUUCACUGGAAAAUCAGCUCUCCAUGUUACACUAAUGACAGUUUGUCCCCCUUGCAGAAGAGGGGCAUUUCUGCCACCUGACCUG